AUGGCUAUGUCAAACAGGUUCAUGCGUUGCAAUGAAAAUGACAAAAGGCUACUUUUAAUCUUCAAACAAGGAGUGGUUGAUCCAGACAACAAACUCUCUUCUUGGACAGUUGAAGAAGAUUGCUGUGUAUGGGAGGGAGUUCACUGCGAUCACAUCACUGGAAGAGUCACAAAGCUUUCUCUUUCCACCACUUACACAUUAGGAGGUGACAUUAAUCUGUGUGCGCUUCAACUUGAAUUUCUCAACAGCUUGGACUUGAGCAAAAAUGACUUCAAAACUGUGAGUAUGCCACCAUGCCAAAUCUCCAAAUCUCUCUUUGAUGCUCACAAAUUUCACAACCAAUCACUCGCUACUCUUUCCAAUCACUCAGCAAAUUUCUCUGUUGCUCUUCGUUAUCUUGACAUUUCAUAUAAUGAUGAUUUAUUCAUAAAUGACCUUCAUUGGCUUUCUCAACUUUCUUUCUUGAAAUAUCUUGACCUCAGUGGCAUUCGUAUUGAAAAUGAUACCAAAUAG